CCUUUGCUUCCUCAACGCGCCUCGCGUCGUCACCGACCCAAACCCCGGCGGCGGCCGACUGAGACUGACCAGUCCACACCAGAGCUUCUCCUCCUCACCCACCCCCUGUCCCCCUUCCGGCCCCCCUCGGAUCCUCCGCCGCCGCCGAUGGCCGGCCGCCACGCGCCGCACCUCCGGCUGGCCGUGCCGCCGCGUCUCUCCCCGCACCCUUCCUUCCGCUUCCCCACCACCCCGCUCCCCACCCCGUCCAAGACCCGCCUCCACCACCCCUCCUCCUCCCCCUACGCCGCCGCGCUGCUCCGCCUCCUCGCCCUCCACUCCCUCUUCCUCCUCGCCCCCGCCGCCCGCGCGCCCGCCUCCUCCUUCCCCUCCCUGCCCCCUCUCCUCGCCCUCCUCUCCGCCGCCGUCUCCCUCCUCCUCCCCCCCUUCUCCGCCGCCGCGGCGGCGCACCACCCCUUCCCGGCCGUCACGCACCUCCUCCGCCCCGCGGCGCUCCUCGCCGUCACCCUCCUCCUCCGCUUCGCCUCCCUCCGCCUCCUCGCCUCCCCCGGCACACUCGUCCUCGCGGAAUCCGCGGGGGCCCUCCUCGCCCGCGCGCUCCGCCGCCCUUCCCGCCGCCGCGUCGUCUCCGUCGCCGUCGCCUCCUUCGCGCUAUUCUUCUUCGCCUCCCCUUCGUCUUCUUCUUCUUCCACCUCCCACCUCCUCGUUCUCCUCCCCUUCGCCUCCGGCCUCGUCUCGUCCGCCGAUCAAACACCCUCCGUGCGCCAUGUCACCCGCGGCCGCCAUGCCCGUGCCGCGGUAUUUGCCCUCGCCGCGGCGUUCCUCUCGGUGCCUGCGGUUCUUGGCCUCUUCUUCGUUGGUGGCAGUGACGCCGGCGAUGGUGAUGGUGACGGUGGAGCUGUGCUGCCGAUCAGCCAGCUCUGGUGGCUGCUCCUCAAUGCCGCCGUCUUCGGCAUGGUCUUGGGACGCCGGCCAGAUUACGACGGCAGUAGCAGCAGGCCAAGCGUGGAUUUCGCAAUGACUUUCUUGUGCACUCUUGUGCUGGAGCUGUUGUACUACCCGAAGCUGUCCUUACCGGGCUUCUUGAUUUGCGGAUUGUUGUUGUGGAUCGCCAGUCGGGAGCUGGCUGCAUCAGGGUAUGUGGAGCUGGGGAGCGCGGAUGUGUCGGAAUCUGUGUACGAGGCAAUCAUGGGGCCAGUCCGGCAUAUCCUGAACGAACGGAAGUCGAGGAAGAUUGCGGCAUUUCUGCUGAUCAACACGGCAUACAUGUUUGUGGAGUUUACCAGCGGGUUCAUGAGUGAUAGCCUUGGGUUGAUCUCCGACGCUUGCCAUAUGCUGUUUGAUUGUGCCGCAUUGGCAAUUGGACUUUAUGCGUCCUACAUCGCAAGGUUGCCUGCAAAUGGAUUGUACAACUAUGGAAGGGGCAGGUUCGAGGUGCUGUCUGGGUAUGUCAAUGCAGUGUUCUUGGUUCUUGUUGGAGCGCUGAUUGUGUUGGAGUCCUUUGAGAGGAUUCUUGAACCUCGUGAGAUAUCAACCAGUAGUCUGUUAACAGUUUCAAUAGGUGGGCUUGUUGUUAAUGUCAUUGGACUGGUUUUCUUUCAUGAGGAGCACCACCAUGCACACGGCGGUAGCUGUUCUCACUCCCAUUCUCACUCGCACUCCCAUUCACAUUCCCACUCGCACUCCCAUUCUCAUGUUCAUGGGCAUGAGGAUCAUCACAAUCAUGAUCAUGCCCUUCAGGGUGUAAAUCACAAUGGGGCAUGUUGUGAGCAUCAUGGAGAUGCAAAUAAGAGCCAUCACCAUGAUCACCACCAUGAUAGUAGCAAUGAGGAGAGCCAUCACAACAGCCUAACGGAGAACUCCUGCAAGGAGAAUCAUAGUCACUGCCAUGGCCACGAUCAUCAUCAUCAUCAUCAUCAUGACCAUUCAGAACAUCACCAACAAAGUGGAGAUCAUGCUCAUCAAGAUAUUAGCAAUAUCAGCAGUGAUCCAGCAAUCCUUGAGAUUCCCCUGAACAGUAUACAUACUCAUUGUUCAGAAGCUCACUCUUGCAAUGGAGGAUUACAGUCAUCAGAAAACCAUAAUAAGUCGAGAAAUAGACAUCACAUUGACCAUAACAUGGAAGGAAUCUUCUUGCAUGUGCUAGCUGACACAAUGGGAAGCGUUGGUGUUGUGAUAUCAACCUUACUAAUCAAGUACAAGGGAUGGCUUAUAGCAGAUCCCAUAUGCUCAGUAUUUAUUUCAAUAAUGAUUGUUUCUUCUGUCCUUCCCCUGUUGAGGAAUUCUGCUGAAAUUUUGUUGCAAAGAGUUCCAAGGAGCCUCGAGAAGGACAUAAAGGAAGCUUUGGAUGAUGUUAUGAAGAUUAAGGGUGUCAUUGGAGUCCAUAAUUUUCAUGUCUGGAACUUAACAAAUACAGAUAUUGUAGGCACUUUUCACCUUCAUAUCACAACAGAAGCUGACAAGUCUUCUAUAAGAGAAAAAGCUUCAGAUAUAUUUCAUGAGGCUGGGAUUCAAGAUCUGACUAUCCAGAUCGAAUGUGUCAAGAGAUAGCAUCCACUUGUUGAUAAAUGUGAUAGAGUUUGGCAUAGAGAACAUGUUUAUGGUUUUAGGAUUUGGCAUAGGUAAAACAUAUUUAUGGCUCCUGUUGUCAACGCAGGAGCCAUUUUUUUUAAUGUAUCACGAAAAGGAAGUCAAAUUUCAAACACAAAUCUGCAGGUAUUGAUUUUGGAGUUACAUGUUCUGUGUGCUGUGUACUUAUAGUUGAGCAAUUUUGAGUUCAAAUGAAUAGAUGAUUUUCGGUGCACUGACAAAAUCAGAAUCCGGAUAAUGUAAUUUGCAUCGAAUUUUGUUUGUAAGUCCUAAAUCUGACACUGGUCCAUUUAUAUACCUGAUGGUUAAUACUAUUCUGUUAGAA